UCGGUUUAAACCAAAAACACUGCACAAAAGUAGGUCUCAAUAUCCCUGACGGCCCUGACGGCUUUGACGGCUGGCCCUGGCGGCUCUGAUGGCUCGAUGGCUUUGAUGGCCCUGUGAAUUUUGACACGACUAUCUAUACGUGGGCCUUCCAGAGUUUUCCGGGACGUGUGGAAGAGAUAAAGUGCACGCUUGCCAGUAUAUAGGAGAAAACCAUGCCGUUGCGCAGCCAAGGCUCCAAUCAAUCCAGUCCCGUGACGCAAAGGGGAUAGCGUUGAAUUGGAAUCUGGGUCUCCAAUCCGGCAGCCGGACACCAGGCGUGAAUGUAGAGACGCGCGUGCAGGGAACUGGAGAUGUGAACAGGCACCUCUUUGGCGCAGAACAGAGCAGAGCAGAGCAAACGUCAUCCUUCAAGGUUACCAGCAAACACAUCUCGACUUUUUUUUAUAACAAAUCCACAACUCGUCGCAAGACUUCAAGGCAUCCUAUAUAACAAUCCUAUCCCUCUCUCAAAUCAAAUGCCACCAAUCCCAUAACCUCCGGCGCAGUCCCAAUCCCAACCAUUCAAAAUGAUGUCCUCGACUAGUGAAGAGGACCCCUUCCUCCAAGUCCAACAAGAUGUCCUCACCCAACUCCAAACCACCCGCCCCCUCUUCACCUCCUACCUCCGCAUCCGCUCCCUCUCCUCCUCCACCACCACCACCCCAUCCCCAGAACUCAUCUCCGCCCGUGCCGAACUCCAGUCCUCCCUCGAAUCCCUCUCCGAAGACCUAUCCGACCUCCUCGCCUCCAUCCGCGCAAUCGAAACCAACCCCUCCCACUUCAACCUCUCCCCAACAGAAAUCACCCGCCGCAAACGCCUCGUGCAGGAAGUAGGCAAUGAAAUCGACGACAUGCGCGAGGAGCUCUCCAAGACCUCCAGCAGUCUCCCAGACCCAUCCUCCUUUGCCGAUCUUGACAAUCACGAAAGGGGGGAGGACUACGCCGCUCAGUUCGAGCAAGAGCAGCAGGUCAUGAUGAUGCGGGAGCAGGAUCAGCAUCUGGACGGAGUCUUCCAAACAGUGGGCAAUCUGCGGCGGCAGGCGGAUAGUAUGGGGCGGGAGCUGGAGGAGCAGGCCGAGAUGUUGGAGGUGGUGGAUGGUUUGGCGGAUAGGGUUGGGGGGAGGUUGCAGACGGGGAUGGACAAGAUGAAGUACGUCCUGAAGAGGAAUGAGGAUACGCUGAGUAGUUGUUGUAUCGGGGUGCUGAUAUUGGUUUUGGUGAUUUUGUUGGUGAUACUGUUGAUUCUAUAGGGUGUUUUGAUGGAGGUGGGUAGGGCACUUGGUUUUUUGGGAAGACAGGGAGUUCUUGCACAUGAUCAGCGUAGAUAUACGGGACUUGACUACGGUUCUUGUCACAGCGAUGUUUAUACGGCGUUUGGGGACGGUAUUUGUUAUUUAGGAGUUGUGUUAUACACUUGUAGGGUAUUUAAACAACACACACGCUGUUACAGAAUGGUUCAACCUGAGCCAAUCCAAACCGCUAACCAAACA